CUAGGAGGUGAUGGGUUCGAGUUGUGGGAAUAGACUCUUGCAGAAAUGUAGGACCCUUGUGGUUUGGAUCUUUCUUGGACCUUGUGCAUAGCGGGAGCUUAGUGCAUCGGACUGCCUUUUAUUGAAUAGUGUCAAGUUAAGUUGCUCGGACUCUUCGAAAAUGUCAUGAGGGGCGUGUUGGAUCCUUCAAGUAGUGCAUUUUCGGAGGAUCCAACACAGGUGCGGCAACAUAUUUGGAGAGUCCGAGCAACUUAGGUGUCAAGGGUGAUGUUUGGUGUAAUUUGUAAAUUUGUUGUUAUGUGCUAGGAGGUCAUGGGUUCGAGUUGUGGGAACAGACUCUUGACCCUUGUGAUUUAGUUUCGUGCACAACAGGAGCCUAGUGCAUCGUACUGGCUUUUUUAGGAUUGUGUUUAGGGUGAUGUUUGGCGUAUUUGGUAAAUUUGUUAUUAUGUGACUAGGAGGUCAUGGGUUCAAGUUGUGGGAACAGACUUUUGCAGAAAUGUAGGACCUUUGUGAUUUGGACCAUUCUCGGACCUUGUGCAUAGCGGGAGCUUAGUGCAUCAGAUUGCCUCUUUUUGAGUAGUGUCAAGGGUGAUGUUGUAGUUUGAUUAAACAGUGUAGGAUGUGGUUUAAUGGGGGUAAAAAAUGGAUCUUUGAAGUUGGAUUUUGUUAACGAUUGUAUGGAUUAAUAGUUUAUUUCUGGGUUAGUGGAAAUUUAAUUGAUUUUAUAUUUAGGUCAUUGACUGUAUUAGGGGUGUAUGUUGGAGAGUAUAGAUGUUAUCUGAUGCGCCGUUGGUUGUGUGCUGUAGGAGGAUGCUCAGUCGAUUAGUGGAUUAGUCGAGGUGGGUGCAAGUUGGGCUAAGCACCACCGUAGUCUAAAUGAAAAGAAGAAACAAGAAAAAAAAAGUUUUGAGAUUGUAGCUGAAAGAUGGUUUCUCAGACAGUACUGCUUUGUAUACUGUGUAGGCCUGUAAGGGAAUGCUUGUAAUAGCUCACGAAUGGCGGAUGGCAUAUUCUUUUGGGGCCCAGUGACAUCUAAAGAGUGGUGUGAGCCAAAUUAUGUGCAGUCAUCCUAUAUUGCAGAAUUCUUCAACACCAUUUCAAAUAUCCCAUGCAUACUCUUGGCUCUAAUUGGUCUUGUGAACGCCCUCAGACAACGGUUUGAGAAAAGGUUCAGCAUCCUACAUAUAUCAAACAUAAUACUUGCCUUAGGAAGCAUGACAUAUCAUGCCACUUUGCGGCAGAUGCAGCAGCAAGGUGAUGAGACACCAAUGGUCUGGGAGAUGCUUCUGUAUAUUUAUAUCCUUUAUUCACCAGAUUGGCAUUAUCGAAGUACGAUGCCCACCUUUUUGUUCCUUUAUGGAGCGCUAUUUGCCAUUGUGCAUUCACAGCUUCGCUUUGGCAUUGGUUUCAAAGUACACUAUGCACUAUUGUGCCUUCUUUGCGCUCCUCGUGCGUAUAAGUAUUACAUUCAUACAGAAGACAAGUUGGCAAAGCGUCUAGCUAAGUUAUAUGUGGCGACUUUAUCGAUCGGAGCUGCUUGCUGGCUAUGUGAUAGAUUAUUCUGCAAGCAAAUUCAGGGCUGGUACGUUAACCCUCAAGGCCAUGCAGUGUGGCACGUCUUAAUGGGCUUCAACUCGUACUUUGCAAAUACGUUCUUGAUGUAUUGCCGUGCUCAGCAACGUGAAUGGAAUCCCAAAAUCAAGCACUUGUUCGGAUUUUUCCCAUAUGUGAAGAUCCAGAAGCCAAAAACUCAGUAGCAGAAGUUACUUCUCUUUUGAGCCGAACCUGUAAUACCAAACUUGUGCAGGAAAUGGCUCGGGGAAGCAGCACAAAGCAAACAGUUGCAAUUUUUUGUUUCUCUUUUCCCAUUUUGCAGAAUGUAAUGUAAAUGAAAGUCUGGAAUAGUUUUGACUUGACCGAAUAGUGGUUAAUUUUUGACUGUACAAUUAGUUGUUUCCCAGUGUACCAUAUUUUUAUACUCCCACAGAAGAUGACAUAACUAGUUGAUUCUUUUUCUGAUUA